AUCAUAUCUCUGUAGAAGAAUACCAUUUUAUAAGUUAAAUAGGAUUUCACAAAACUAUCGUUACUUUAGUUAUUUCUUCUCUAUUGUGCAUAAUAAUCGGAUAUAAAAUCUAUAAUGCCCCCAAAAUUGGAGCAGACCGUCAAAAGGUCAACAAGAUUAUCGCUGUCGCAACAAGGUCAAAGGAAACCAUUCAAUAAAGAAGCUUCUCGGCGUCAAGUGAAAGUAUCAAAACCAACUGUAGAUGAUUUUGGAGGGUUAUUUUCUAAUGAACCCGUAAAACCCGAAGAUCAGUUAAAACUGACUGAAGAAGAAUUAGAUGAGCCGUUGGGCAAUGUUCUGCUGGUCGUCGAACCACCCGAAAAAUCGGCUCGGGUUACUUACAGUUAUAGAGUAGGAGAAUAUUUGCCAGCCAAAAAAGGUCAACCUUACGUUGAACUAAUUAAUUUAAAGUCAACGUUACUUCACAGCGAAUCGACGGACGCGAAUAUUCAAAUCGAAAACGAAUUAUGUAAGGUGGAAGAAGACUUGGGCGGAGAUGACGAAGACAGUAAUGUCAACGAAGGGGGCGAAGAAGGCGAUGAAGGUGAUGACGUAGCAGCCGGUUUAGCCGAUGUUGUAGUACAAGGAGAAAUGGAGGAGGGGGAAGGUGAGACCGAAGAUUUUCAAAUCGAAGAAGCCGAAGUCGAAGACGAAAUGGACGAAGACGCCACGUCAAAACCUAAAGCCACAUCAGAUUCGGACGAAGACGCACCACCGGCAAUAGCCAAGGAGGAAUCUGCCAUAACAUCUAAGAGUCUACCGAUCACACAGAGAUGUGUGACGAAAAAACUGAUGAAUCAAUUUAAUUUCUUUGAGCGUUGUGCGCAGACUGAAGAAAUCGUUAUGAGGGAAAAAGGUGCUCAGACAACGCCCCCCGAAAAAGAUGACUUUAACACGCAUGUGACGCAAUGGAUUAUUUACGACGCCUACAGCGAGGAUUUCGCAAGACAACAGGAAGAAAAGGAGAGAGAGAAGAGGGAAAAAUUAGCCACGCAUGCCAGCAAAAAAAACACGGCCAAACAGAAGAAAAUUGAAGUGGCGGAAGACCAGACCGAAAAAAAAAUGUUAAUGGCCGCAAAAUUUUUAGAACGAAUAAUCAAUCUUAACGCUAUGGACGCUAUAGCUCAAGAUUUUCGUUACUACGAAGACCCGUCGGAUCAGUUUAGGGGCAGGGAAGGAACUCUCUUGCCGUUAUGGACGAUGGCAUACGAAAAAGCAGACUCACUGUAUGUGACCGACAUCAGUUGGAGCCCUGAUUAUUUUGAUAUGUUCGCCGUCACGCUUGGAACUCCACAAGGACACAUACCGUUGACGGACAGCCCGGAUAUUGGUUAUCUUUGCUUAUGGUCUCUGAAGAACCCUUCGUAUCCGGAAUACAUAAAUCAAACGCAUUGCGGAGCCAUGUGUUUGGAUUUCCAUAGCCAACACGGGUUUCUCAUAGCUGUAGGUUUUCACGAUGGUCAUUUGGCUGUUUAUAAUGUGAGUUUGCCAACUAAAGAACCGCAGUACAUGACGGACUCGGUAAAUUCGAAACACAAAGGCUGCGUGAGACAGGUAGUAUGGGCCAAGGAUUUGCCGGACGGCGAAAUGAACUUCUAUUCAAUAUCUGAAGACGGUACCGUUUGCAAUUGGUUGCUUAUGCAAAGCGAAAUGUCCAAAACUAUUAUCGUCACGUUAGUGUUGGACAUGGAACCGCAAAUAACUUUAGGCGGGAUAAGCGAAAAACUCAUUGGGCGGGGCACGACGAUAGCGUUCCAUCCUGAGAACAACGGGUUAUACUUAGUCGGGACCAACGAGGGAUAUAUAUUCAAGUGUAACACUGAGUGGAGUUCGUUUUUCAUGCAAAAAUUCAAAGCUCAUGAAAUUUCCGUAUACCGAAUUGAUUACAAUAAAUACGACCCAAACAUUUACAUAUCGUGCAGUGGAGAUUGUACGGUUAAAGUUUGGGAAGACAAGUCAGACACUGCGUUGUUGACGUUCGACUUGUUGUGGAGCGUAUCCGAUGUGCUCUGGUCGCCGUUUUCCAGUACUGUUUUCGGUGUCGUUACCGAAGACUGUGACAUGGUAUUCUACGAUUUGGACGCGGACAAAUAUAAAAAUAUUUGCAGUCAACCUAUACAGCCGGAAAAUCAGUUCCAACUAACCAAAAUGGCUUUUAAUUGGCGAAUGCCGAUCGUCGUCGUAGGCAGUUCGAGGAGUCACGUGGUAGCAUUGAAAAUGUCGCCCAACUUGCGUCUGGUGAUGAAGCCGCCGAAAAAGGGCAAACAUUAUACCACGCAAAUGCUGGAAUUGGAAAAGUUACACAAAGCGCUGGAUUCUACCAGAGAACCGGACAGCUCAGUAAUUCCCGCAGAUGACGACACGACAGAUACAUAGAAAUCCCAUAAAAGACCAUUUUUGUUAAAAAAUAGUUGUAGAAUUAUUUAAAUCUAGUUUCUUCGAAAUGCGAUUAUUUGAUUUUCCGUUGUCAAUAAAAGGAAGUAUUUUAAAGGGUAUCGUAAGACAAUUUGAAAUCAAAUACCUAGUGGCAAACACAUUUUGUAAACCGGAACUAAAUUGCUAUACUUAAAUGACUUGUCCAAAGUCCAUCACUUCAGAAUCUACGGUUCAAUAUGUUUUUAAUGUUUAUUACAACGCAUACACUAUUAGUGCAGAUUUUGAACAUCACAUUGUAUUGUUCGGCAUUCGGCAAAAUAAAGAUUACAAUACAUUUAUUAUUCUGUUCGUAUUAGACA